GAUCUAUCUUUGUUACGCACGCCUGCUGAGACAGUUGAGUCUUUGCUGUGUAACUUAACCACUAAAAAGGAGUGAAACAUGUUUGGGGCAGGAGCGGCACCGAUCUUAGUUCUAAGCCAAAAUACGAAGAGGGAUGCCGGCAGAAAGGUUCAGGUGGAGAACAUAGGAGCUGGAAAGGCAAUAGCUGAUGUUAUAAGAACAUGUCUUGGGCCACAAGCAAUGUUGAAAAUGUUAAUGGAUCCAAUGGGAGGAAUUGUUAUGACUAAUGAUGGCAAUGCCAUUUUGAGAGAGAUAACGGUGCAACAUCCAGCUGGCAAGUCUAUGAUAGAAAUAGCACGUACACAGGAUGAAGAGGUUGGAGAUGGAACCACAUCAGUCAUUGUUCUGGCAGGUGAAAUGCUUGGUGUAGCUGAACAGUUUUUAGAACAGCAGAUGCAUCCAACAAUUAUUAUUAGAGCAUAUAGGCAAGCGUUGGAGGAUGCUGUGUCAAUACUGCAAGAACGCAUAAGUGUCCCAGUUGAUACAAGUGACCGCAAGAAAAUGUUGGAUGUCAUAAAGGCGUGUGUUGGGACAAAAUUUAUUGGUCGGUGGUCUGAUUUGGCAUGUUCUAUAGCAUUGCAGGCUGUAGAGACAAUAACACUGGAAGAAAAUGGUCGCCGAGAAGUUGACAUAAAGCGUUAUGCAAAAGUAGAGAAGAUUCCAGGUGGAAGUAUUGAAGAGUCUCUUGUUCUUCGAGGUGUUAUGGUGAAUAAAGAUGUUACUCACCCAAAAAUGCGACGCUAUAUAAAAAACCCCAGGAUUGUCUUACUUGACUGUGGUUUGGAAUACAAAAAGGGUGAAAGUCAGACGAGUGUUGAAAUCAUGAAGGAAACUGAUUUCACAAGAAUUUUGCAACUGGAAGAAGAGUACGUGCAGAAGUUUUGUAAUGAUAUUAUCUCAGUAAAACCAGAUCUGAUAUUCACAGAAAAAGGAAUCUCUGAUCUUGCUCAGCAUUAUCUUUUGAAGGCAGGAAUAUCAGCAAUUCGUCGUGUUCGAAAAACUGAUAACAAUCGCAUUGCACGUGCGUGUGGUGCUACUAUUGUGAACCGCACAGAUGAACUAAAGGAAGAUGACGUGGGAACAAAAGCGGGUCUUUUCGAAAUUAAAAAGUUUGGGGAUGAGUACUUCUGCUUUAUCACUGAAUGUGAAGACCCAAAAGCUUGCACAAUAUUGUUAAGAGGUCCAAGUAAAGAUAUUCUAAAUGAAGUGGAAAGAAACCUUCAAGAUGCGCUCCACGUAGCUCGUAAUAUUUUGAUUGAGCCAAAGUUAGUACCAGGAGGUGGUGCUGUUGAAAUGGCACUCUCUCAGGCUCUUACAGAGAAAGCGAAGAGUGUACAGGGUGUUGGUCAGUGGCCGUAUCAAGCAGUUGCCCAGGCUCUGGAAGUCAUUCCUCGAACUUUGGCACAAAAUUGUGGUGCAAAUACAAUUAGGACACUGACUGCAUUACGAGCUAAACAUGCCACAGGAGGUUCAACGUGGGGUAUAAACGGUGACACUGGCGAGCUGGCUGACAUGCAUACCCUGGGAAUAUGGGAACCUCUAAGUGUGAAACUUCAGGUCUACAAAACAGCAGUUGAGACGGCGAUAUUGCUGCUCAGAAUUGAUGAUAUUGUCUCAGGGUCAAAGAAGAAGGAUCGUGAUAGUGAAGUCAAGAAGACUGCUGAACCAACAGAAGAAUCGAUGAAAGAAUGAAGACUCGUUUUUGCACAGUUUGGAAUGCUAGAUUUCCUGCCAGAAGGUUCUAAUUCCUGGUACUGCUUUCUUAGCAGUCUCGUACAGUAUGAAGGAGGACUAAUUCAACUUAAUUUUAUUGAAUUUGCUUAAUAACUGAUUUUGAUUUCUAAGAAGUUGCAGAUUAGUGUUGUUCGAAAUUGCUUGGAUGUAAUUUAAUGAAAGAUGGGAACAGACUUUUAAAAACCACUUUAACCCUGCUUAACAUCAGCGAGUUGAGUUAUUGAAAUGUAAGUUGAAUUUACAUGGCAACAUACUACAAUAAUAAAAUUUUCUCACAUAAAAGGAUGUGCUUCAUUGUGACAACCUGGUGUUUGUGUUGUGUAUACAUAAAAAGAUAAACUUCUGUGUGUCCUAUAGGUGAAAACAAAAUUAAUAUUGCAAGAACAAAAUUUUAAAACUGGGCUUUUAUCUAUGGUUUCAUCCAUGGAAGCAGACAACAUACCUCCUUCUCACCCUUGUCUGUACUGGCUCUAUGACCACUCCCACAUACAGCCCUUGGAACACAUUUCAACACGACCUAAAGAAUCAACUUCUCGUAUAUAAAAUAGCUUCAAACAUCUGGUUACAAAUAAGUUAAUGUGUUACAUAUAUGACAAUAACCAUGUAAGUGAGGAAAGGUUUGAAAUUAUGCUUAAAGUUAGUUGGAAGUUGAUAAGUGCUCUCAUUAUGAAAGACCAGGUGAAUACAGUCUGUGUAAUUUGAGCACCAUUUUAAUCAGAAGCUAGUUUUUCAUUCAUCUAAACAUGUAUGAUGACAUGUCUCCUGAACUGUGUGUCGUACGAUGACAUAAUUUUUUGGGUACAUUCAGUAGUAUAUGUGGAUACUAUCUGCAUACUGUUGUGAAUAGUUGGUAAUAAAAAAAGUAAUAAAUUAAAACAUUAUGUCUAAUGCUGAACUUUUACUUCAGGAACAACAAAAAUGUAAGCAAUAAUUUUUUUCUUUCAUCAUUUUGUGUGUGCACCAUCAGUUAGGCUGCCUCAAGACAAAUGUAAAGUUUCUAGCUGUAAUACUUAUUGUGUCAAACUUGAAACUUAAAAGAGUAUAUCUCUUAAUGAGUAGAUUAUGGCAGCAUUUUAAAUUCAGUCAAUAAUAGUCAAAAUAUUGAAAAUUUGUUGCCCAUGGAAGCUCUCAGAUAAGAAACUUGUAACUAGUUGUAACCGGGAUGAUGUUAGCCUGAUAAUAUAGAUAUGAUGUUUUUUGGA